AUGUGUGAUCGAUGCGAAACCAAUGAAGCUGAACAUUGGUGCGAUAGUGACUGCAAACAUAGCUUUUGUUCGAAAUGUUGGGACACGAUUCACGAACUAGGUCAAUAUCGUACCCAUAAGAAAUUACCGGUGAAGAAAAAACCGCUGGAUGUACCCAGAUGUGGAGAGCAUAAGGAUGAAGAUCAAAGUCUCAAAUACUGGUGUGAAAAUUGUUCGAAGGAAAUUUGUGGUGAUUGUCAGAAAUUGGUACACAAGGAUCACAAGUUUGAAUUAAUAACUGGUUAUGCCAAGUCGUUGGAAGAGAAGACCUGCAAUAAUUUACAAGGAGUUCAGUCGUGUUUGACCUAUCGAUCAAAUCGAGUAGAUCAAAUGUUGGCAGAGGUCGAAGAGGAAAGUCAAAUGAAUCAAUUGAAAGUUACUAAAGCGAUGGCAUCCCUUCGUCAGCUGAUCGAUGAACAAGAACGAAAAUUACUGGAAAGCCUUCAUAAGAAUGAACUGGACGAUAAGAAACGAAUCGAAGAUUACAAACAGUCACUCCAGAGCGAACAACAAGGUUUGAUUGAGCAAAUAUUGAAGUUCGUGGUAGUUUGUCGUGAUAAGAAUCUGAGAAAACUACUGGAUGCAAAACAACCAUUCAGUGAUUACAUCAACAGGACAAAUAACAGGUUGAUAGAGUUGAAGCCAUUAAGUAGGACUAAACAUCAUCUGCAUGGUCUUGAUGAACUGACGGACUUGGAAAAUCAAAUUCGGAACAUCACUUUGCAGGAAAUCCCGAAACAUCAAAAUGAACAAUUACGGCAGCGAAUGGCAAAUACUACCGAUCGAUCAACGCUGAAUUUAUCGAAUAUGCAGUUGACCAAUCUGGAUAUGGAACUCGUGGCCAAAGAAUUGGAAACCAACCGUGUACUGACCAAGCUUCAACUGUUUACCAAUCAAAUUGAUGACAUGGGAGCACAACACCUGGCUGAUGCACUUCGAACAAACACAACACUGACCAUACUACACUUGCAUGGAAACAAAAUUGGAGACACUGGAGCACGAUAUCUGGCUGAAGCACUGAAAGCGAAUCAAGCAUUGACAAAGCUGACAUUGAACACGAAUCAGAUUGGAGAUACCGGAGCACAACAUCUGGCUGAUGCGCUAAAAACUAAUGAGACUCUGACACAACUCCACUUGUCUCAGAAUCAAAUCGGCGAUACCGGGGCGCAGCAAUUGAGCGAAGCACUGAAAACAAACCGGGUGAGUCAAGGAUGUCGUGCAUCAAGCGUCGAAUUUCGAACAUUUCUUGAAAAGAAUGGCGGUCUGUUAUAG